GCACCCGACACAAUUCAUGGGGAAGAUUUUCGCUUUCACUUUACCGAUCAAUGCGCAUUUUAACUCUAGAGCGAGGGAGGUGGUGGUAGUUUUAAUUCCAAUUGGUAGAAAUGGGAGGAAGAGCUGCCCUGCAAGGUAUCAGCAGAGUAAUUGGUGGGGGAGCCACUGCCACUCACAGACUCGGAGCUGCUAUUUACUCUGCGGCGCACUACCAGGGGAAGAAUUCAAUUGCCACUUCAGAGAAAAUAACAGUUUCCUCUUCUUCAUCUACUGAACCCACUUUUCAGUUCAGUCCCGAGCAGGAAAAAGUGAUUAAUGAGGGGUACGAACAAGGAUUUCAAACUCUUCCGAAUGAACAUCACCAUGUUUCUGAUCGCCUUGUUUUCGGGAUCCUACCAACUCAGCAACACGUUUUGGAAGACACGUCAGAUUUGCAGGAUGCCCAUAAACAGAAUACCGCCCUUGUUUCUAGCACAGUUGGUCAUGAGUCAGUGUCAUCAUUGUUCGAGUCUGUGUAUGAGAAGCCUGAUUCAGUUGAAGUUUCUAAUAUGCAAGAGAUCAUGGGCUCAUCCUAUGAGAACUUAGUUAAUCAAGUUGACUCAGUUUUGUAUCAAGACAAUGACAAAGUGAUGCCAAAAUCUGGAUAUUGUAAUGCUCUUGAGGCAUUUAACUUGCUCCAGAGUAAUCCUGCGAUUCAGGGGGUGGUUGCCUCACUAGCCUUAGAUAAAGCUGUUCGGGAUGCUAUGAUGAAAAACGAGAAGGUUCAAGAAUUCAGACAAUUACUAUUGAAAGCAGGCGAAUCAGACGUAUCAAAUGAAAAUAAAGCUGCAGACAAGCCUCCUCAUGAUCAUAAGAAUCCUUUUACUGAAGCUAUUGAGAAUAUGAAGGUGAAGAUGAUGGGAUUCAAGGAAAAGAUAACAGAAGUCUGUAACCAGUUUUUAGGGUUUGCGGACACAGUGUUUUUGAAGAAAGAUGGAGAUUUUGUGGAGAGGACUAUAAAGAUUUCAUCAAUGCUUGGUAUUAUCCUCCUGUUGAUAGGCCUUGGCAAACGGGUAUAAGUUGAAUGAUAUUGUUAGGUUAAUUUAAGUACACAAGAAAAUAUGGACAGUUUGAAAUUAUUUAAAAUUUUGAACUAGUUCUAUCCCUAGCGUAUGUGUAAAUUUUGUUCAGUCAUUAGAAAAGUCCUGCAUGUCUACCUUUAUUAUUUAUCAGGCUUUUCAGACAUUGGAUUUUAUGUAUAUAAUUGCAGCAUUGCUAAUAUGCUUGGAAUCUAGAUAAUAAUAUAUAUCUUAUAAUUACUUUUUA